AUGUCUGGAAGUAAAGUUUUUCUCUUGCGACACGCUGAAUCCCAGCAUAACGUUGACAAAAACUUUGAACGGCUUGAUCCUACAUUAACAGAAUCUGGGACCAGGGCCGCAGAACAACUGGGCUUGACAUUCCCAGAAUCAGAUUCUGUGGGCAUUGUCUUGUCAUCCCCAUCGCAACGUGCAAUCCAAACUGCGUUUGCAGUGUUCUCCAAAGUCCUCGACCAGCGUUAUUUUGACCCAGCAAGUGGAAAUGGGGUUGAAGCAGGCGCGGUGUUUAUUGUCGACCCAGAUGCACAGGAGCGGAGCGCCCUGCCCUGCGACACUUGUUCAACUCGGGAGUCACUUCAACAAGUGUUUCCUUAUCUUGAUCUUUCUACCCUAUCGGAUGCGGAGGACGCCCCAUGGAGGUCAAAGACGGGCUCCUAUUCUGACCAAGACGAGGCUGUCAAAACCCGAGCGACGAGACUCCGAGAGACAUUGCAAAAGAUGGUAGUAUCUUGUGGAAAGUCCUCGAGGCCAAACGUGGCUUUGGUUACCCAUGGCGUUUUUAUGAAGGCUUUGACAAACGAUAGCAGUAUUGACCUACCCAGACCUGGUUGGGCUGCGUACCGCAUUCAAAAAGGUGACGAUGGGAAUGUUGUGCUUGCUGCUGCGGAUUAA